AUGUCAUCCGCUUCCGGAAGUAAAGAGAGUAAAGACAAAAAAAAGAAAAAUACAGUGAACAAGAACUCGAAAAUGAAUCAAGUUGAUGAAUCGAGCAGAAAGAAGUUAACCGGAAGUGUGGAAAUGUCGAAAAAGGACGAGACCUACGAGAAAGCCAAAGUGGCAAUAAAGACAACAAUCGGAUGGAUGACACAGACUCAAUCCAAACCUGGCGGUCUUUUGGGACAUUUCAAAGCGGCCACUUUCGAGAGAAACCCACCGGAAAAUCCGAAAUGUUACGCGUUUCAAGCGAAUAGAGCUAAGAAUCGAAAUCCCGAUUUUCCACUGAACGAUCAUUCAAGAGUAAGGCUGAAAGUUGAGGAUGAAUCUGAAAAUAACUACAUAAAUGCAACCAAUAUCUCCUGUCCACCAUGUGAUCGCAAAUGGAUUGUUUCUCAACACCCCAUGGAGAAGUUUUAUGAAGACUUUUGGAGAAUGUGGCGAAGAGCCUUGUUUUGUAAACUCCCCAUCCGUGGGUUCGAUUCCACUCGGCUCCAAUCCUUUUUUGCAUCUUUUUUAAAGAUUUUCUACCACGAAAUCGACGUCAUCUUCGCCAUUUUCUCGCCCGAUGAGCAACUUCCCACUUAUUUUCCCACCGAGCAAGGAAAAUUCGCUAAUCACGGACAAUUCUUCGUGCACUGCUGGAAAAUGACACCGCCGUCCGGAAAGUAUCAUGCUACAAACUACACAAUUGAAGUUCUGCCAAAUGGUUGUUCGAACGCUCGUUAUGUCACCAUUUUACACUAUCCGCACUGGCCGAAAGGAUACGUGGCACCCAGUGCGAAAGUUGUGCUGAAAGGGAUUCAGGCCCUAGAACCAGCUGAAAAAUUGACAAAAAGCAAAUGUCUGGUGCACUCGGCAGAAGGAAUCAAUCGUGCGAUGAGCUUCGUCAUGGUGGAUUACGUUGUGGAAUUGAUGUUCCGGAAUAAUACUGUAGAUGUUAUCGAACUCAUCACCCAACUUCGAAGCCAACGUCGCGGCGCGUUUCAGAACCGCAUGUUCUGCGUCUACGCUCUCUACGUGGCAAUUGACUAUGUCAAAAUUCGACUGACAAAGUUCCAGAAUGCUCCAGAAGUUCUGGCGGAGAUUAAUAGUUUGCAGAAGGCGAUGAAGAAGGAAUUCUCUGGAAUUAUUCCAAAAGAGACGGGCGGAACAUCGAAGAAGGGGGCGACGAUUGAGGCGACUGUGGAAUGA